AAAAAUAAAAAAUAAAAAUUUGUCUUGCUGGCAUCCUCUUUGUGCAUGGUUCCUUCUUUGCAAACAGUACCAAUCUUUUCCUCUCCCCUAUUAAUUAUUCUCCUCCCUGUUCUCCAAUUUGCACCCCCACUUUUGGUUCAGAGGGAUUUUUGCACAUUCCAUCACCAUGUUGAGAGCAAAGUCCAUGAUCAAGUCCAGAACACACAGCCUCAAGAGGUCUCAAUCAACCGAAAAACUUCCCUCCCCUCCUCCUCCUCCUCCUCCCCCGACCACCACUUUGCCCUCGUCGUCGGAGACGACAUACACCCGGAGGAAGUCGCUUUUGGUCGAGUUCCCGACGUCUCCACAGCUGAUUCUCGGGGAGGAGAUAAUCCACUCCAGCCACCCGCAGCACGCCCUGUCCAAGAUCGACCUGCCCGACCUCUUCACGUGCGCGGGGUGCCGAGAGUACGGUGCGGGCAAGCGGUACACGUGCCAGCUCUGCGACUUCCAGCUGCACGAGUUCUGUGCCCUGGCCUCUCCUAAUCAGGUCCUCGAGAACCAUCCAUUCCACCACCAGCACGACCUCUUUUUCCAUCCCAAGCCAGUGAAAAGCGGAAUAGCAAAAUCGAGGUGCGAUGCUUGUGGGAAACCCAUCAAGGGCUACGCUUUCCGUUGCGGAACUUGUAGUUUCCAGAUGCACCCGUGCUGCGAGAUGCUACCGAAGGACAUCAUCUUCUCUAACCAUCCUCACACGCUGCAGCUUCUGCCACCGGCGGCUUCGUCGAGUGCUGACCCUGGUUUCGUCUGCGGGGAAUGCAGGAGGAGGAGGUCGGGCCGAGUAUACCGAUGCACGGUCUGUGACUACCAUCUCCACGCGGUCUGCGCUAAGAGCAUCGUCAACGGACUCCAUGACAAUGAUAUCAAAGGAGUUGAGAAGCCAAGCAUGCUCGGGGCUGCAGCUCGGCUGGCCACGCGAGUGGUUUGCAACUUUAUCGGAGCGCUAGUUGAGGCCCUCGGGGAAGGGGUUGGGGAAGCUUUGGUUCAGAAUGUCGCCAAAGGAGGGAAGUGCGAUGGCAGAAGAAGAAGAGAAGAAUAGGAACUGCAUAAAAAUGUGUGCCGCGGCUUGGCUUGGGUUCGUCGCAUGCGCCGGACUAGUUUCUCUAAUUUGGCCAAGCCCGCAAAAGAGCCUACUAUGUUUCUUUUCAAGAAUGGACUGUCAUUGUUUCAAAAUCUACCUGCUUGACGAGGCAGGAGUUUCUAGGAUGACAAAAGUUACCCUUUGGAUCUUAAAACGAUUAAUGAACACAUGGAUUUUGUAA